AUGGCGGUAAAGAGCACAGAGAAGCCAAACUUUACUAGAAAAGGCAGUGAGGGAGAAGAGGUGGCCAUUGGUAUCAGAGUGCCCCAUGCAGAAGGCCCCUGGGGAACAUGGGGCACAAGCACAGGAAGCUGUAACAGCAAGGCUAAGUGCACAAGGACAAUAGGAAUGUUUAACCUAACAAGGCCCUCGCAAUUCAUCCUCUUGGGACUCUCCUCUCGACCACAGGACCAGAAACCUCUCUUUAUCCUCUUUUUAGUAAUGUACCUUGUCACCUUAAUGGGAAACGUGCUCAUUAUUUUGGCCAUUCACUCUGAUCCUAGGCUCCAAAACCCCAUGUAUUUCUUUCUGAGCAUCUUGUCUUUUGCUGAUAUCUGCUAUGCAACAGUCAUAGUUCCUAAAAUGCUGAUGAACUUCUUAUCAGAGACUAAAAGUAUUGCUUAUGCUGAAUGUCUAACACAGAUGUACUUCUUCCUAGUCUUCGGAAACAUAGACAGUUAUCUUCUGGCAGCUAUGGCCAUUGACCGCUAUGUAGCUAUUUGUAAUCCCUUUCACUAUAUCACCAUUAUGAGCCAUAGACGCUGUGUGUUGCUACUGUCCUUCUCUAUUGCUUUCUCCUGUCUUCACUCCCUCGUGCAUGUCCUCUUGGUGAAUCGGCUCACCUUCUGUGCUUCGAAUGUUAUCCACCACUUUUUUUGUGAUGUCAACCCCGUGUUGAAACUGUCUUGCUCUUCUACUUCUAUCAAUGAACUUGUGGCCAUGACAGAAGGGAUGGCCUCUGUAAUGGCUCCAUUUGCCUGUAUUGUCAUCUCUUAUUUGCAAAUCCUCCUCACCGUUCUUAAGAUCCCCUCAGCUGCUGGAAAACACAAAGCCUUCUCCACCUGUAGCUCCCAUCUCACUGUAGUGACUCUGUUUUAUGGAAGCAUUAGCUAUGUCUAUUUCCAGCCCUUGUCCAGCUAUACUGUUAAUAACCGGGUAGCAACAAUCAUGUACACUGUGCUGACAUCAAUGUUAAACCCAUUUAUCUAUAGUCUCAGAAACAAAGACAUGAAACGGGGCUUAGGAAAACUGAUCAUCAAGAUUAAGUCUCAAAUAGAUAAGCUUUCUUCUACAGAACCUAACAAAAUUGGUGGCUCCUGA